CCCUGUGCCGAGCCACCCGCCGCCGCCCCGAGGCGCCCGCCGCUCUGCGCCCGAAGAGCGCCGCCAUGUUGGCGCGCAGCAGCGGCGGCUGCCCCUCGGGCGACCCCGCCCGCGUGAGCCUCGUGAGCUUCGGCCCGCGCGGCUUGGCGGCGAGCCUGGCCGCGCGGAGCCUCGGGGGCGAAGGGCCGCAGCUGCCGAUGAGGGUCACGCUCCCCCCGUGCGCGGAGGAGAUUCCGUGGCCCGCGCGUCUGGUGCAGGGGUCGGGGCGGAGCGCCGGCUCGGAGGAGGACGCCCUGGCGCACUUGCCGAUCACGCGCACGCAGCGGCGCAGGCUGUCGGUCAAGCAGUGGCGAAGCGUCCCGGCUCGCCUAGAGCCCCACCGGGCGAUGCUCUAA